AUGCCGACUACGACGCCCGUGCGCGUCGCCAUCGUCGGUGGCGGGUUGACUGGCGCCGCCGUCGGCCGUGCGCUGCGGCGGGCGCUGCCGGCGGAGAGCGUCGUCGUCUGGGAAGGCCUCGCGCAGCUCGGCGGUCGCAUGAUGACCGAGCGCACGACUGUGCUCGGCGGUGCGACUGGCCUCGCCGACAGCGGCGCCCAGUACGUGACGGUCACGGACGACGCGGAUGUCGCUGAAGCGCACAAGCCGCUCUACGACUCCCUCGCCGCGGCCGGCGUCCUCGUCCCGAUGCGCGGCCGCAUCGAGGGCGGCCGCGCUGCUGAUGGGGGCGGGACCAACUACGUCGCCCCGCAAGGCGUCGCAUCGAUCGUCGAGCGCGUCUUUUCUAUGAGCUCGCUGAGUCCCUGCUGCUCUCGGCGCGCAACCGCGCUUCGCCACGUCGCCGCGCGGGGCGAGGAGGCGCGCAGCCGCUGGGAGCUGACGUCUGCAGACGGGCGUUGCGAGCAGUUCGAUGGCGUCGUGGUGGCGUGUCCGAUCCCGGACAUGCUCGCGCUGAUCGACACGGGCGAGGGCGGCGCCUGGCUCGACGGCGCAAGUGGCGUCGGCCGGGCCGACCUCACCGGCGUGCAGUACUCGUCGCGGUACGCGCUCACGCUCUUCUACCCUGCGUCGGCCGCCGCGGUCUUUGCGGCCCACAUCGACUGGGCCGCGCGGUACGUGAGCAAGGCCGACGACGACGCGAUCGUCUACCUCGCCCACGACUCGGCCAAGCGUGGCGGCGAGGAUGGCGGCGCGGUCAGCCUGGUGGUGCACACGUCUGUGCCGUACGGGAUCCGCGCGCUCAAGGCGGCCGAGCCCGAGGAGUCGGUGCUCGCGGACCUGCGCGCGCGGGUCGGCAAGCUGCUUCCGUGGCUGCCCGAGCCCGAGAGCCUCGUCCUGCGCCCGUGGAGGGUGUCGCAGGUGCGGUACCCGGUGGCGCUGCCCGGCGGCGCAGCCUGCCUGCCGCUGCGCCCGGCAGCGGGCGGCCGCGCAGCGCCUGCGCUCGUUUUGGCGGGCGACGCAUUCUCGCCGCUCGGCUCUCGCUUCGACGGCUGCGUCCAGAGCGGCGAGUCGGCGGCGGCGGCGGUGCUCGCUGCGCUCGUCGGCACGUAG